AUGAACAGCCUUUCAAUGCUCAGACCAUACGCCAAAAGAAGAGCCAAUAAAUCUUUCACCUGCGCUCAGUGUGAAAAGAGUUUCACACGGAAAACAAGUCUUGAGCGUCACAUGAGGGUUCAUACUGGAAAUAAACCAUUCACUUGUGAUCAAUGUGGGAAGAGUUUCACACAAUCAGCAAACCUUAAUGAACACAUGAAGAUCCACACUGGAGAAAAGCUGCAUGCAUGUGAUCAGUGUGGUAAAAUGUUUAUAUGGGCUUCAGUUCUGAAGAAACACUUGAAAGUUCAUUCAAAGGAGAAACCACCUUCAUGUAAUUUGUGUGGUAACAGUUUUGUGCGUCUACAAAAUUUGAAAGUAGGUCAGAGAAUAUACAAUGUUGUGGGAGAGUACAUGUGCUUUGAGUGUGAAAAUACUUUUACUUCAACGACGUGUACAAAACAGCAUGAGAGGAUUCACACUGGAGAAAAACCUUAUAAGUGUGCACACUGUGACAAGAUAUUCAGUCGGUCAGCACAUCUGAAAACACACAAUAGGAUCCACACUGGAGAAAAACCUUAUAAGUAUGCACAUUGCAAUAAGCGAUUCAGUGAUUCAGGAGACCUAAAAAGACAUGAGAGGAUCCACACUGGAGUGAAACCUUAUAAGUGUUCACACUGUGACAAG